AUGUUUCAGUUGCCCAUCUUGAAUUUCAGCCCCCAGCAGGUCGCCGGGGUCUGCGAGACUCUGGAGGAGAGCGGGGACGUCGAGCGCCUCGGCCGCUUCCUCUGGUCGCUGCCCGUCGCGCCAGCGGCCUGUGAGGUCCUCAACAAAAACGAGUCGGUGCUGAGGGCCCGGGCCGUCGUCGCCUUCCAUACCGGCAAUUUCCGCGAACUUUACCACAUCCUGGAGAACCACAAGUUCACCAAAGAGUCGCACACGAAGCUGCAGGCGCUGUGGCUCGAAGCGCACUACCAGGAGGCUGAGAAGCUGCGGGGACGCCCGCUGGGGCCGGUGGACAAAUACAGGGUGCGGAAGAAGUUCCCCCUACCCAGAACCAUUUGGGACGGAGAGCAGAAAACCCACUGCUUCAAGGAGAGAACCCGGCAUUUGUUAAGAGAAUGGUAUUUGCAGGAUCCCUACCCGAAUCCCAGUAAAAAGAGGGAGCUUGCACAGGCUACAGGACUUACACCCACACAAGUAGGAAACUGGUUCAAAAAUCGCAGACAAAGAGACAGAGCGGCGGCUGCAAAGAACAGGCUCCAGCAGCAGGUCCUGUCCGGCGGCUCGGUUCGCUCCCUGGGGGACGAGGACGGCACCGUGGACCGCCUGGGGAACUCGUCCAGUCCGGAGGCCAGUCUGUCCAGCAAAGCAGCCGCCUCGGCCAUCUCCAUCACCUCCAGCGACAGUGAAUGUGACAUCUGACGGGCGGAUCGAGGGUGUUGAUGAAUUAAAAGGGGGAUGCGACUGAAAGACAAUCUAAUAAAAACAAGUCAUAGUGCCUGCGUUGAGUUAUAAAACACACACACACACAAACUGAUAUUUGACGGGUGCCAAAACAUGAGGGGAUCUGCGAUCUGCGGCGGACUGCCCGUCCUUAUCCUUUUAGGCCUACUUUUUUUUUAAUUUGUUUGUUUGCGUUUUACCCACGUGUGGAUAACUGAACUUAAUACGGACGAAACAUAUUUGACGGACUAAUAAACCAACGCCCCGAGAUGAAAAGUAAAAAAGAAGAAACAUUAAAAAAAGGGAUGAAGGCAUCCGAGCGCCUAACCUGCUGUUCUCUGUGGGUAUUUCAUGUUGAAAAAGAACUGUGAUAUUUUUACUUUA